AUGUCUUCAGUUGAAUCUCUUAUCCGGACUUUUCCCGAUAAAUUAUCGUCACAAAGGAUUCUGGAUAAAAAAUGUGAGAAAAAAGGAAAUACUGUGGGUGGUGUUUUACUGAGAAAUCGUAAUGAAGACAUACUUACGACAUCGUUUCCUGUCAAUCGUCCAUUGUUUCAACCGUUUCCUUCUGAGCUUAUUUUUCAACGUUAUGAGCCUGGUAAAUCUUACGAGUUGCCGUUGGUACUCCGUAAUUUGGAUAAGGUUUCAAGAACAGCUCAUUUGAUUCAAAAUGAUACUCCAUACUUUAAAAUAAAACGUUUGAAUACACAAGGGUCUAAAGUGGCAGCUGGUUUGUCACUUUCUUUCACAAUUGUCUUCACUCCUGAUGCUAACCAGGAUUAUCGACAUGACCUUAUGUGUGUGACUGAUAGAGAACUGUUCUCCGUUCCUGUAUUUUGUAUUGGCCCAAGAGCGAUUCUAGAAUUGCCUGAUGAUAUCUAUUUUGAUGAGGUUCCGGUGAAAGUAGCUGGCAAAAAGUUAAUAGGCGUGAGGAACAUUGGGAACUGUCAGGCCUCUGUAAAGCCGUUCUUUGUUGAGCCUAUAUCUUUGAAAAUUGAAUCUGGUGCACUAGAAGAGAUAAAAGUUUUGUUCAUUCCUGAAAAUACAGGAGAAGUUUCAAAGAAAAUGUUCAUUAUUUAUGAUACUGGAGAAAGACUUCAGAUUAAUCUUCACGGUCGCGGAAGAGAAUCGUUGGUUUAUCUUAGGGAUAACAAAGUGACAUUGAACGGAACAUACAUUGGAUUACACUCGCAAACAAAAGUUUUCAUCGUAAAUGACUCAUCUGAUGUUAUCAAUUUCAAGUGGAGUCCUUUUGAAAAUAGCGAGGAAGAGUCACUUGUGAAUGACUUAUUAGUUGGAACGUUUAAUAACGCAUGUGAUUUUAAAUCUAUACUGAAGCGGAAGUUGAUCACGUGGGUUAGGAAAUUUUCUGACAAACAAAUACCAUAUCCAACAAAUAUUCAAACAAUUGAAUGUUCUCCAUUUAAUAUUGAACCAAUUGAAGGAUGUAUUCAACCAUAUACAACAUAUGAAUUUAUUGUACAUUUUAAUCCAGAAAAAGCUAAUUUAUAUGAAGAUAUAUUUUAUUGUGAUAUAGAAGGUGUAAAAAAACGUUUAAUUCUAUCAAUUUAUGGUGAAAGUUUAGGACCAAAAAUUAAAUUCUCUUAUAAAUAUUUAAAUAUGGGAAAAAUUUUUAUUGGUUCAAAGCAUCAAUAUGAAUUGGUUAUAUCUAAUACUGGAUUAAUUGAAACAAUGUUUUCAAUUCAUUAUAAAAAUAAUAAUAAUAAUAAUAAUCAUGAAAUUGAUAAUGUUCAUAUUGAAAAAGAUGAGAAUAGUCAAAAUAUAACUAAAUUUAGUAAAUAUUUUCAUCUUAUACCUGAUGAAGGAUUAAUUUGUCCUGGUGGUUAUCAAGUAAUACAAAUUGAAUUUAAUUGUAAUGAUUUACUUGGAGAAUUUAAUGAAAUAUUUCAAUUUACAUUUGAUGGAUCAUCUAAUUUUGAAGAGAUUACAUUUAGUGGUACUGUGGUUGGACCAACAUUUCAUUUUGAUGUUCCAUCAGUGGAAUUUGAUCAAGUUUCUUAUGGAUUUUCGAAAGAGAAAAUUAUAACUUUGCAUAAUACUUCAUUUAUACCAAUGGAUUUUAUUCUUCGUAUCACUGAUGAUGAUGAUAAUGAUGAUGAUAUGGACGGUGAUACUAACAACAAACAAGAUGAACAAUUGAAUAUUAUAUCAAAUCAUAAUUUAAAUUUACAUAAAUCAUUUAAUAAUGCAUCAUUUCAAAUUACUCCAGAAUAUGGUAAUGUACUUCCAAUGAGUUCAAUAAAAAUAUCCAUACGAUUUAGUCCAAAAUAUUUAGGUUUUAAAAAGUAUAAAUUAAUUGUUGAUGUUAUAAAUGUUGGGAAAAAAGCACAUUGGUUACCAAUAUCUACUGAGGCUAUCCGUCCAGAUGUAAUUGUAACACCAGAAUUGAUAAAUUUGAAAAGAUGUUUUAUUAAUUAUCCUUAUACCAUUGAAGUAACAUUAACAAAUCAAUCAAUCGAACCAGCUAGUUAUCAAUUUAUUGAACAAUUAUCAACAGUAAAAGAAGUAAAAACUAUUACAAAUCAAGAAAAAGAUUCUAGUGAAGAUUCCAAGUUACAAUAUUGGAUAAAUAAUCCAGAGGGAUUUAUUAAUGGAUCAAAUUCUGUUAAACUGUCGAUAACAUUUAAAGCAAAAGUAUUAGGAUCAAUCACAAGUGAAUUAUAUUUCAAAAUUUGUGGCAUCAAUGAGAACCCAUUGAAAAUACCUGUAAAAUGUAUGGGAGAAGGUCCAGUGUUACAUGUUGAUCAAACAAAAUUAGAAUGGGGAACAAUACCUGUAUUGCAACCAGUUGUUAAAAUAUUAAGAAUUUCAAAUGAAUCCUGUAUUGAUGCUAAUUAUAAUGCUAAGCUUGUACGAAAUGAUACUGUUUAUAAAGUUGAACCAUAUUCUGGAAGUAUUCCAGGUUAUAGUCAUAUAGAUUUGAAUAUAAUUGCAAAUCUAGAUGAUAUUAUAUUAUUUAAAGAUCAAUUAAUUGUACAAGUUGAAAAUACUUCAAAACCAUUAAAAAUUGAACUAUGUGCAACUGGUCAAGGUGGUACAAUUGUAACACAACCAUCAAUGGGUUCUGUAUUAAAUUUAGGCAGUCAGUUUAGUGUUAAUCCAAUGAGAAAAUAUUUUAAAGUUAUAAAUAAAGGAAGGAGGUCACAACAAAUAAUUUGGUCUAUUGAUGGACAAUCACCACGUAAAUCAAUCCAUAUGGAUGGUCAAUUAUCAGAUAAAUCGGAAUCAAGAUGGUCAAUUACACCACAUCGUUUUGAUCUUAAUCCAGGAGCAUCUACAGAAAUUUGUCUAGAAGUUCAAUGUGAUAGUGCUAAGACGAUUCAUGAGAAAAUUUUAUGUCAUGCAAUUAUUGGACGAAGUGCUAAAUAUUUAAUUAAAACAAUUGAUGUUUCUAUUGACUUUAUUAAACCAGUUAUUGAAUUAUCUACAAGUGAACUAUUUUAUCGGAUAGAAAAGACACCAUCUGAUGAAUUAUCUAUACAAUUCAAUCAUUUCACGAUGACUAAUAAAGUAGAUUUAUUAUUAACAUGUUUAUUGGAAGUUUGCAGUCCAUUCAACUUAUUCAUUGAUGAAACUUACUUCUCUACAAUGACAUUUCAAUUGAAACCAUUUGAAUCAAAACAAAUUACAGUUUCAUUUAAUCCAAAUUAUAAAGAUGAUUUAUUUAGUAGAAGAGCUGAUGAAUUAUUAUUUAUCAAAUAUGCUGAACAUCCACAAACUGAUGUUGUACGUUUAAUUGGUGAAGUACAUUUUCCAAAUGUUCAAUUUAAUACUAAUCUAAUUGAUUUUGGUUGUAUAUUAAAUCAUACAGAAAUGACAAAACAAUUAACUAUGAAAAAUAUUAGUCCAUUACCAGUAAAAUUUCGUUGGAGUUUACUGAUUGGUGAUAGACCAAAUAUUAUAUUUAAACGUUAUGCACAAUUAACAGAAUAUCAAAAAUUAUCUAAUUCUCAUAUUAAUAAUAAUAAUAAUAAUAUUGAAAAUAAUUUAAAAAAUAUAAAAGAAUUAGAAUAUGAUAUAAGAAUUAAUGAAGAACAUAAUGAAUCUAGUCAAACUAGAUCAAUAAUUGAAAGAAAUCAAUCCAUUCAUGAAUCUAUAUUAGAUGAUAAUAUAAAUAUUAAUUUAUUAUCAUCUAAUAAUAAUAUAUUAUGUAAUUUAAUUAAUGAAGAUGAAGAUAUUAUACCAUUAGGUAUUGAAGAAUUAUUUGAUAUUAUACCAUUAUAUGGUGAAAUUAAUCCAAAUGAAAUAAUUUAUUUAAAUUGUACAUUUUAUGGACAUUCAAAUAUAAAUGCAUCUGUAUUAGCAUUAUGUGAAAUAGAUAAUGGUCCUAAAUAUCAAAUUGAAUUAAAAGGUUCUGCAUCCAAUAUUCAUUAUUAUAUAGAUCAAACUAAUAUUGAUUUUGGUUAUCAUCGUUUAAAUAAAUCAAUAAUAUAUCAAUUUAAUAUUUUUAAUAUAGGAAAAGUAAAUUUUAAUUAUAAAAUUAAUUUUCCUAUAAAUUUAUUAUCAGAUGAUUAUAUUGAUGAAACAACAUUAUAUAAAAUAACUGAUUAUGGUCAAUAUCAAAUUAAACCAUAUUAUGGUCAAAUUAAUAGUGAACAAUCACAAAUAAUUCAAAUUAUUUAUCAACCAUUAAAAUUAGGUUAUUUUAUACAAGAAUUAAAUAUUCAAAUUGGUUAUUAUUUACCAAAAUUAAUAAAAUUACAUGGUAUUACUGAUUUUACUUAUUUAAAUAUAAAUUUACCACGUUUAUGUAUGAUUCAAACAAAAUAUUAUAAACAAAUUAAUAAUGAUUCAUUAUUAAUUAAUCAAACAAUUCAUCAAUAUCAAUCAUUUAAUUCUAUUUAUCAAUUUACGAUGUUUCAAUUAAUAAAUCAAUUAUAUCAUGAUGUCAUUGAUUUUAUUGAUUUAUUAGAAAAACAACAAAAUAUAACAAUUGUAUGUUUAUGUAAUACAAUAUUUUCAAAUCAAUCUUAUUUAAUGUUAACAUUAAAUCAAAAAAAUUAUUAUAAUUCAAUAUUUUUACAUAAUGAUUAUUGUCCUAUAACAAAAGCAAUCAAAGAAAUAUUAUUUAAACAAUAUUAUCUAAUAAAUAAUAUACCUGAAAAAAUUUUACAAUUAAUACCAGAUAUAAAUUUACAAUUAAAUGCAGAACGUGAAUAUAUUUGUAAUAUAUUAAAUUCUAUAAAAAGAAAUGAUAUAAAUUCUGUCAAUACUAUUCAAUAUCAUAAUGAUAAUCAAUUAAAUAUAGUUAAAGAAAUAGAAGAACGAAUAAAAUUAGGUUUUAUAAAAACUUUAUACCUACCAUCAUAUUUACUUGAUUUUGGCAUAGUUAUAAUCGGUUCAAUUAUUAAACAAAAUAUAUCUAUUAUUAAUACAAGUUAUGAACCGAUUAGUUUUCGUUUUGAUACAACAUCUUUAUCAAAGGCUAAACAAUUUGGAUUUAGUACAAAUAUAACAAAAAUUCAUCAUUUACCUGGUUAUCCAGAUUGUGAAACAUUAGAUAUGGAAAUUUCAUUUGAUACAAAACAAAUUAGUCAGUUAAUAAAUGAAAAUUUCAUUCAAACAGAAUUAAUUAUUAAAAUACUCAAUGGACCUUCAAUAUCAAUUAUUCUUAGAGCUAAUAUUGUAAAACCAACAAUAACAUCACAUAUAAAUACAAUUGAUUUUGGUGAAGUUCAACGUGGUGAAGCACGUAUAAUUACAGUACAAUUACAUAAUCCAUCUCCUGUUUCAAUAAAUUGGUAUCGUUUAAUACCUGAAUUACAAAUGAAUAAAAAUACUACUGAUUCAAUUUAUCCAAUUAGAGUUCAUUAUAAAUCAUAUCAAAAUUUAUUAAAAGAGAAAAAAAUGAGAAUUUUUGAAGUUAUACCAAAUAGAGGAAUAUUAGAACCGAAUGAGAAAACUAAUAUACAGAUAAGGUUUAUACCACUUGAAGAGAAGAAGUAUGAAACCAAGAUUCUAUUGAGCAUUGAAAAUACUGAUACAAUUUUAAAAAUACACUGUCAAGGUAAAGGUUUAGAGCCACAAUUAAUAUUUGAUCGUGUUAUGUUACAAUUUCAACCAAUUUUACCAUAUUCCUUAAUUGGAAGUGAAGAAAUUGUUACCGUAACCAAUCCAUGUGAUUAUCCAAUAGAGUUUUAUUCACUUGAAUUGGAUAAACAAGUUGUUCAAGAGGAUGAAAUAUUAAAAUCUAUAGAUGGAUAUGAUGAAUAUGGAAGAUUAUUAUUGCCACCACGUAAACCAGGUGAUGUAUUACCUUCAGAGGUUAUUGCUUACUACGAGGAACAAAAUAAAAUUGCCAAUUCUAAAUUAUCUGAUGAAUUAGAAGAAACUAUUCCUUUAGAAAAUAGUGAUGAAAAAAAUGUCAAAGAGUUGAAAUUCAUAGGAGUUUCUUCAUCAAGCACAUCAUUAAAAGAGGUGAAAAAAUCUAGUACAACCACCACUAAUACAACUCCAACAAAUAAUACUACUUCAACUAGUACAUCAGAACGUAAUAAAUCUGAUCAUCGAAAUGUAUUGUCUGAAUUAAUUCUCGAUGAGAUUAAACAUGAAGAUAGUAAAAUAUCAAAUUUAAAUAAUUUCAAUAAUGGUAAACAAACAUUAGAUGUUACACCUGUAUCGCUAGCAAUAUCACGACACUUGGGUAUGGAUUUAACUCAUGAGUCAUGUAAAUCAGGUAAAUUCGGCAUUGUAAUUCUUGUCAAUGGAGCAUUGGAAUCCAUUAGACGUGAUAUUGUCAAAGAGUUAGCUAGUAAAUAUCAAGCAACUGUAAUUACCCUUAAUCAAAUUAUUAUUGAAGCAUUACUUACAAGUACAACUGAUGCAGCUUGUCAAGCAAGACAAAUCUGUUUAAAUGUUGGUCUAGAAAUUAUUCAAGCAAAAUUAUGUACAAAACAAAGAGAACUUCAAGAACAUGAACUAGAACAAUGUCAAUUACAACAAUUAGCUGAUUUAGAAAUUAAAUUAGAUUCACCUGUAGAAUUAUCAGAUGAUGCACAAAAAGAUGAAGGUGAAAAUUAUUGUGUCAGAUUAAUAGUGUGUAGAAGCUGGUGCUAUGUUAAGCCCACAUAAGCCAUUCUGGCUUCUGGAUAGACCAAUUUAUUCAUUCUAUAUUUUGAUCUUGUCACUUAUUUACCCUGAAUAUUUUUAUGUGAGUGUAUGUGUGUUAAUUAUUUGCCUUAUUCAUAAUGUGUCUGUAACUUAUUUUGGUUUGACUAUUAAUAUCGGUUCACACUUGAUUGAAUCGCGUUGAUUCACAUGCCAUCUCCUAUUCCUUUCGCUUCGCUGUCUCCAAUUCUCUUUCUUUGCAUUAUUUCUUUAAUCGUUUGUCUGGUUCAAAAAUUGUAUGAAAUAUACGUAUUCGAAAUCCA